AUGCCUUUGGAUACAAUCUACCUGACCCGUCAUGGUCACCGCCUCAACUGGACCAUCGACUUCCGCACCGGCACCUACAAGGCCCAAUUCCCCACGCCGACAGGAAACCCAGCAGACCCUGCGCUGACCUCACAUGGCGUUCGGCAGUCGCACGAGCUGGCAGAACAUAUUGCUGCUUCUCAAUUCCAUCCCAAGCCAUUCCGCGUCUAUUCGAGUCCAUUCUACCGCUGUCUGCAGACGAUCCAGCCCUCCGUCGAAGAACUGAAGAGGAUAUCCGCCGAGUCUAGACAUGGCCAGCAGAAUGCUCCCGGUUUGAUUGACCGGCAUGCGGAUUUGGAUGUUAGGAUUGAGAAUGGAUUGGGAGAAUGGUUCGGCGCAACAAACUUCUUCGACCACCCCUCCCACCCAACCCCCAAAGAAAUGAGCCUCCAUUUCCCAACCCUCAUCCCAGAAACAAGUCUCCAAAACUAUAAACCACUCCUAAUCCCCUCCAGACGCGGCGAGACAAUCGGCCAACUCCACAAUCGCGUCGCAAUAGCCUUGCAGGGAAUAAUUACCGACAUCGACGCUGAGAUCACAGCUCUGGAAGCACAGUUACCCCCAGACCAGCGGACCAGCAAAUCCGUCUUGAUCUGCGCGCAUGCAGCACCACUUAUUGCCAUGGGUCGUGCGUUGACGGGUCGUAUGCCUGAUGACAGUUCUGAAGAGGAUUUUAAUGUCUUCACUGCUGGCUUGAGUACGUUUAAGAGGCGGGGGACUUCAACUGCUGUUGUUGAGGGUAAACGAUUACGACCGGAGGGUGAGGGUGAGAGUCCCCUUGCUGAAGGCACGAAGCAUUUCAAUGGCGAGGAGUCUUUUGAUACUGGUCCUAUGGCUCCGGCUUCUGAGCCAGCGCCGAGUAAGACCGGUACGAAGUUAUGA